AUGCUCAUACCACGCGUGCUAGAGUCAGAGAAACGCGAGACAUGGGACGAACCAUUCCAGGGCCCCAUCACCCUUUCUUCUGUCUCCGUCAUUCGUGUAUUCGAGUCCGAAAAGAAAGCACCUGUGAACGCUGAGCUUAUAGCGUAUCGUAACAGAAUAAACAUGAAGUCCUUCUACUGGCGAGCCGUGAUGUUCGUCGUCUCGCUGGUAGGAUGCGUCUAUCAAGCGUCCGAGAUAUUAGAAGAGUACCUCGACUACAGGAGCGCCGUCGAUCUCAGAAUCGAGGGUGCCGGGACUCUAAUCUAUCCCGGCGUGUCGUACUGUGUCACCAAUUGGAUCAACAAGGAAAAACUGUGCUUGCGAUAUCCAAGAUACUGCAACUUUUCCGACAGCAUGAUACCGGAACUACGAGCGUUGCUCGAGGUCGAUGGCUACCUCACCGAGAUUGCCACCGAUGGCAACAUGAUGACGCAGGCGGGGUUCGUCAACCCACCCAAUUAUUUCAUCGAUUUCUAUUUGGAGAACGGGUCCAUCGAACAAUCGUACUCGAUGCUGCCAAAGUACAUGUGCUACACUUUGAAUUGGAGGAAGUAUCGUAGCAUGGAAUACGUGCACCAAAACCCGCUAUACUUUGAACUAAACCUGCUAAUAACAUGGGUACAGGACUCCGUCAUUGAAAUGGAUCCUUACGAGUUGAACAUGGGUUUGCAUCACGUUGACACGACGAGUGCGGGACAAAAGCACGCCCUCAUCGUCGAACCCAGCGGCUAUUAUACGGUGACCUUCCAGCAGAGAGGUGUGAUGGGCCUUCCACAUCCGUACGAUACCAAAUGCACAAAUUACAGCGAAUUCGAUAACCUCGAAAUCUACCCUGUGAAAAUGACACGACAGAUUUGUCUCGAAGAAUGUCAGAUGAACAUAACGAGAGCCAUAUGCAAUUGCAUUGACCAGGGAUACGCGUUUCGAAGUCGGAUUAACGAAUCAGGUUGCACCUCUGCGGAAAUGGACGAGUGUGUGCUACCUAAAAGCAGGCCAGUGUCGCUCGUCGAGUGCGAAAAAUUAUGCGGUUUCCCAUGCGAAGAAACCAUGUACGAUAUCACGCAAUCCUUUUCAAAAACUUAUGGGUUAAUGGCUGAAGAAGGGUAAGAAAAC